AUGAAAAACGGUGUUGGGCAAGAAUCCGGUGUGCUCCUCGAUGUGGCUUCCCACGUCAAUCGCUUCGCCUUCGAUCAUUUCCGCACCGACGGCGCUGUUCUCUCCAAUUUCCUGCGCUUCAAUGCCGGAGCGGGAGCGAAGCGCGGCGUUUCGCUGAAGUUGGGGGCGGCGGGAGUUAGGGUCAGGAAUGUUUUGAGCGAGUUUAACAGAGCCGUUAGGUUUCACUGCGAGAAGAUCCCGAUUGGGUUCGCCUCGGUGCGCGUAGCGGACGGCGACACUGGUGGUGGUGGUGGUGGUGGCUGUGACGGUAACGGGAGUGGGGUUAGAGUGGAUGAGUAUGGCGGGGUGGAGAACGAGGGGCUUCGCGGGAAUGGCGUGGAGGGCGAGAGGCCCAAAAAAGUUUUGAUUUUGAUGAGUGACACUGGUGGGGGGCAUCGAGCUUCCGCUGAAGCUAUCAAGUCUGCUUUCUAUGAAGAAUUUGGAGAUGAUUAUCAGGUUUUUGUUACUGAUUUGUGGGCUGAUCACACACCUUGGCCAUUCAACCAACUUCCCAGAAGCUAUAGCUUUUUGGUGAAACAUGGGCCAUUGUGGAAGAUGACUUACUAUGGAACUGCUCCACGUUUAGUGCACCAGUCUAAUUUUGCUGCAACUGGAACUUUCAUAGCUCGUGAGGUUGCUAAAGGUCUAAUGAAAUAUCAGCCAGAUAUAAUAAUCAGUGUGCAUCCACUGAUGCAGCAUGUUCCACUUCGAAUUUUGAGAUCAAAGGGUCUUUUAACGAAGAUUGUUUUUACUACAGUUAUCACGGAUUUAAGCACAUGCCACCCAACAUGGUUUCAUAAGCUUGUAACUAGAUGCUAUUGUCCUACAACAGAUGUUGCGCAAAGGGCAUUGAAAGCAGGAUUGCAGCAAUCUCAGAUAAAGAUUUUUGGUCUACCUGUCAGGCCUUCCUUUGUUAAGCCUGUCCGGCCAAAGGAUGAACUAAGGAGAGAACUAGGGAUGGAUGAGGAUCUUCCGGCUGUAUUAUUGAUGGGGGGAGGUGAAGGUAUGGGUCCCAUUGAGGCUACUGCUCGGGCACUGGGAGAUUCAUUAUAUGAUGAGAAUGUUGGGGCCCCUGUAGGUCAGAUCCUAGUGAUCUGUGGACGGAAUAAAAAACUUUUUAACAAACUGAGUUCUAUUGAUUGGAAGGUUCCUGUGCAGGUGAAGGGAUUUGUUACCAAAAUGGAGGAAUGCAUGGGAGCUUGUGAUUGCAUCAUUACAAAGGCGGGCCCAGGGACAAUUGCAGAAGCCCAGAUCAGAGGCCUCCCUAUAAUUCUGAAUGAUUACAUUGCUGGACAGGAAGCUGGCAAUGUCCCCUAUGUGGUUGAAAAUGGAUGUGGAAAGUUCUCUAAAUCUCCUAAGGAGAUAGCAAAAAUUGUUGCCGAUUGGUUUGGCCCAAAAGCCUACGAACUACAACAAAUGUCACAAAAUGCACUGAGGCUGGCAAGGCCAGAUGCUGUGUUCAAGAUUGUUCAUGACCUUCACGAGCUUGUUAGACAAAGAAGCUACCUACCAGAAUAUUCUUGUACAGCUUAA